UGCAAAGACACCAACACCUUUAUUCAUGGCAACAGCAGCAUCAAGGCUAUCUGUGGAAAUAAUGGAAACCCUUAUGGAGAAGCUUUAAGACUAAGCAAGUCUCCUUUCCAGGUCACCACCUGCAGGCAUGUAGGAGGGUCCCCUUGGCCUCCGUGCAGGUGCAGAGCUACCCCAGGGUUCAGACGCAUUUUUGUUGCCUGUAAACAUGGCUUGCCUGUCCACUUUGAUGAGUCCUUUUUCUGUCCAUAACCAGAGGCCACAGCUGACUCUGCUCUCCUUU